GAUCCUCAAUACCACGUGAUAUCUAUGGAGCAUCGGGGGCGAACAUUGGCGGCUCAGCUGCAAUUCAUGGAGCGCAAUGGACGCGCGUUGGAGGAGCUUGUAGCUAAAAUGAUGAAGGCACGAGAGGAACAAGAGGCAUUCCUAGGGUCGUUUGCUAAGAGUCUCGAGGACAUCGCGGCGCAGGAGGAAUGCGCGCCGCUGGCCCAGUGUCUCGGGAGUCUGGGCGAGUGCAGUCAGAAGUUGGUGAGCGAGAGCCACGACGUAAUGAUGCUGAGGCCCGAGACGGAGAUUUUACAGGUGGUCACUCAGAUUCAGGACUGGGCCAUUGUUCCCAUGAAGAGACUGUUGGAAGAUCGGGAGAAGGCCACCAAGAUCGAGGCCAAGCUGCAGAAGGAGUAUGAGGAGCUGAAGCGAGGAAGCUCGACCAAGGAAAAGGAGAAGAAGCUGAGGAUGCUAUCGGACCAGAAACGGCGAGUGGAGAACGUCAAUUCGUUGCUGGACAGACACAUGGAGAGCUUUGACCGGUAUCGCAUGCAGAAAAUGAAGAAAAUAGUGAGCGAGCUGGCUCGUUCGCAAGCAUUUUACCAUGCAAAAGGGCUGGAGCUCUUCACGACUUCGUGUCAAGGGGUAGCAAAACUUCAGUCAACGGGUGUGGUCAAAAGAACACUUCAAUUUAACCCUGCAGAGACAGGUUAG